UAUGACAUGGAUUCAAAAUCCUCUCAAGAAAAGUAUGAACUACCUAGAAAGUCAGACCAUAAGAAAGGACAAAAUGGAGAUGAAGACAUAGUUGCAGAGAUCAUGGGGCGAUAUUUCUGUCCCUCUUUGAUAACCACCUACACUUGGGAAGAAUUCAAUUUUGCUGGCCACAGGAUCAAGAUUACAGAAGCUACAGACAGUUAUGGAGCUGUGGUUUGGCCUUCGGCUCUUGUUCUCUGCUAUUUUCUGGAAACAAAUGUGAAGCUUUGUAACUUGGUUGACAAAAAUGUGGUUGAAAUUGGAGCUGGAACAGGCCUCGUGUCUAUAGUAGCCAGCUUGCUUGGUGCGCAUGUGGUUUCCACUGACUUGCCUGAAGUGCUAGGAAACCUUCAGUACAAUCUCCUCAGAAACACAAAACUGAAAUGCAAACAUGAGCCUAAGGUGAAAGCGUUGGUCUGGGGGGUGGACCUGGAGAAGAAUUUCCCCAGAUCUUCAUCUCAGUUUGACUACAUAUUGGCUGCUGAUGUUGUAUACGACCACCCUUACCUGAAGGAGCUGCUUCUAACCUUUGAUCAUUUGUGUAUGGAUAAUACCACCAUCAUCUGGGCCAUGAGGUUCAGACUGGAAAGUGAAAACUGGUUUGUGGACCAAUUCAAAAAACUGUUCCAUCUGGAAAUGAUUUCUGAUUUUCCUAGUUUAAAUAUAACCCUGUUUAGAGCAAAGAGGAGACACCAAAACAACUCCAAUGAAUGCAUCCUGCCUGUUGGUUGUUAA